AUGACGAUGAUGAAGAUUAAAUUGGUUAAAUUGGAGUCAAAAGAGGCUUUAACGAUUGGAAAACUCUACACGAAAUUGAAACAAGUACUGGAAACUCACUUCAAAAGCCAACAAAUCGGGAUAUCAUUGGACUUGGAUUUGGAAGAAGAAGUUGAUAAAAAGGAACUGUCGAGUGAAGAGUCUCAGAAACUACUCGGAAAAAUCGCCAAAACCGUAUCCAACUCGCCGAAUGAGAUGCUAGAUGGUAUCAAAAUUGAGAAGCUUCAAAUUAUGAAGACACUUGAUUCAAUGGCGUUUGGAAUGGCGAGAUGCGACAAUGCAGAGAUUAACAGGAUGAUGCAGUUGGAAUGUGAUAGAAAAGAGAGCAUCUCGUUGUCGGUACUCGCACCGCUCAUGAUUGCACUACUCGAUGAAUAA